AUGGCAGUAGGAAGCAAAGACGAGGGGCCUAUGAACCCGGUGUUCCUCUUCUCACACGGAUCAACGAUGAUGCUCGGCGAGGAGAGCAACUCUGCUACUUACUGGAAGAAGUGCGGUGAUGAAGCUCUCGCUCGGGGCAUUGAGCACGUCGUCAUGAUGGGAGCCCACUGGGCCACAAACGCCCCCGGCGAAGUCCUCAUCUCAGCACACCCCGAGCCCGCAAAGUCGCCAGUUGCCUAUGUAAAUCCCCAGAAGUAUCAUCCAUACAAACUGAACCCGGACCUCGACUACAUCCCCACGGUCCAACAGCACCUCGCCGCUGCGGGUAUCCCCUCCAAAACGGACCCGACCUUUGACUGGAUCCACGACACCUAUCUCGUCCUCAUCCGCAUGUUCCCCGGCGGCUGCCCACCGACGACUCUCAUCUCCAUGAACGACUUUUACGACCCGCACUUUCACGUCGCCGUCGGCGCCGCCCUCAGGCCCCUGAGAGCCGCGAAGCACAAGACGCUCUUCAUCGGGUCCGGCGGCUCGGUCCACAACCUCUACCGAAACAACUGGGCUCCCAUGCUCAAGUUCCGGGACAACUUUGCCCAACCCAACCCGCCGGAGCCCUGGGCGCUGGAUUUCCGCCAAGAAGUCAUCGACACCUUUUGCCCAGCGUACGAGGAGGACGUCCCCAUGGAUCAGGCCGUCUAUGGGAUGACCAUCCGUGGCAAAAAGCCGUGCGGCGGGCCGCUAUUGAGGCGCAAGGUAACGAGCCUGAUGAAGCAUCCCAUGUAUCGCGAGGCGCAUGCCACGGAUGAUCACUUCAUGGCCACCAUGUUCAUUGGAGGCUUGUGUGGAGGACGGGGCGAUGAAGCAAUGAAGGCUGAAAUGGGAGCUGAGGACUGGGAACUCACCAAUAUGUGUAACUCACAAUUCAUUAUUGGCAGCUGGCCGGAUGCUAAGUGA